CGGAACCACCGCGACGCCUUCGAUAUGUCGGAGGCUAGGUUUGUGCGUGAAUACCGCCUCACGAAGGACGUAGCCCGUUGGCUUUGCAACGAGCUCCGCCGAAAGCUCCAACGACGUCGCGUGGGGCCUCAUGUGCUGACCGUGGAGCUGCAAGUACUCGUCGCCCUCCGUUUUUAUGCCGCUGGCGGCUUCCAGGGCACAGUGGCAAGCGAUGAAAACAUUGCAAUUCAUCAGUGCAGUGUAAGUCGCGUGCUGGUGGACGUGACGGAGGCAAUCAUCGAUUGCCUCGGUCCAGCGUGGGUGAAGUUCCCGCAGACGGACCAAGAGAAGGCGGCAGCCAAGAGGAAAUUUUACCUUCUGUGCGGCUUCAGUGGCGUGAUCGGGUGCGUUGAUGGGAUUCAGAUUGCCAUCCGGGCUCCAUCUGAGAACGAUGAACGGUUCUCUAAGGCGGCAUACUGGUGCCGCAAAAACUACUAUGCCCUCAAUGCUAUGGUGGUUUGCGACGCCGAUUUGAGGAUCACGAGCUUCGAUGGGACAUUUCCAGGGUCGGUGCACGACUCGUUUGUGUGGCGGGCAUCCCUCCUGAGAGAGGAGUUUGUCGCCGGGAAGCUCAUUCAAGCUGACGAGUGCCUGCUUGGUGACAGCGGCUACCCAUUGGAGCCGUGGCUGCUCACCCCAGUUGCAGGCAACCCAGCUGGAGCCGAGGCCGCUUUCAAUAGAAAGCAUCGGUCCACCCGCUCAAUUGUGGAGCGAUGCAUCGGCAUGCUAAAAAACAAAUUUAGAUGCCUACAGGGGUAUCGAGCCCUCCAUUACGACCCUGAGAGGGCUUGCAAUAUAGCCACUGCAUGUGUCGUUUUGCACAAUGUGUGCAUUUAUUGCACAAUCCCAGAGCCUGUUCCCGAGCCCCUCGUGUCUGAUGAGUCGGAUUCCGAGGACUGUGAGGGGUCAGACAGCAGCGACUGUGAACCCCAAGCCCGGACCCUGAGGGAGAGAGGGCAAGCGAUGCGGCGGCGCAAAGAUUGCAACAUUUGUGUGUUGUGGUGUACUGUUGACAAGGGUAAAUGUGGUCAUCUUUAG